GGAGAGAGAGCAGCGCUGCAGUAGCAUCCCACAGCAGACGGCUGAGGACUGCCGAUGUGUGUGUGACUGCACUGCUGAAGAGGAGGAGGAGGAGGAGGCAGAGGGUGAGCACGCUCGCAGACUCUGCAGGGCCAUUGAGGAACACAGAGCAGCAGCGGCAGCGCUAGUGUUGGCCGGCACCAGGUAAAAGUCCCAGCGCUGUUGCCCCGCAGACCACCGCCGUAGGAUCUGGACACGCCAACGCCGCCUACACCCCCACUACCAACGCCAUGGCGCAAGCCGCCAAACAUCUCCGCAAGAACAAGGAUUUAGAAGCCCAGCUAGAGCAGGAGCGCAAAGAGAAGGAGGAGGAGAGGAACAAAAAAAGGAGUCGCUCACGGGAUAAAAAACGCAAGGCCCACGCCGUGCAUCGCUGGCUAAUCGAUCAGGACAGUAGUGUGAGCUCUGAGAUGCCGGAUGGCCAAGGAGUAUGGCACUUUGAUGAUGAAGCAGAUGCUGGCAACAGUUUUCUCCGAGCGGCCCGGUCUGGCAACCUGGACAAGGCCCUGGACCAUAUCAAAAAUGGCAUCAAUAUAAACACAGCCAAUCAGAAUGGGCUCAACGGGCUUCAUCUGGCCUCCAAAGAAGGCCACGUUAAAAUGGUGCUGGAGCUACUCCACAAUGGAAUCGUACUGGAAACCACCACAAAGAAAGGGAACACAGCCCUGCACAUUGCAGCCCUGGCAGGGCAGGAGCAGGUGGUCACGGAGCUGGUUAACUACGGGGCCAAUGUCAACGCUCAGUCCCAGAAGGGUUUCACUCCACUCUACAUGGCUGCACAAGAAAACCAUCUAGAGGUUGUGAAGUUUCUUCUGGAGAACGGAGCCAAUCAGAGCAUUCCAACUGAGGAUGGAUUCACUCCUCUCGCCGUGGCUCUUCAGCAGGGACAUGAGAAUGUCGUAGCUCUGCUCAUCAACUAUGGCACCAAGGGAAAGGUCCGCCUCCCUGCACUGCACAUUGCAGCACGCAACGACGAUACUCGAACAGCCGCAGUGCUUUUGCAGAAUGACCCCAAUCCUGAUGUACUGAGCAAGACUGGAUUCACACCCCUCCACAUUGCUGCACACUAUGAAAAUUUGAACGUAGCUCAACUGCUGCUCAAUAGAGGAGCCAAUGUCAACUUCACCCCAAAGAACGGCAUCACUCCUCUGCACAUUGCAGCCAGACGGGGGAAUGUGAUCAUGGUCCGACUCCUGCUGGACAGAGGGGCUCAGAUUGACGCCAAGACCAAGGAUGAGCUGACUCCUCUGCACUGUGCAGCUAGAAAUGGUCAUGUCAGGAUUAUAGAGAUCCUGCUGGACCACGGAGCCCCUAUCCAGGCAAAGACUAAGAAUGGCCUGUCUCCAAUCCACAUGGCAGCACAGGGGGACCACAUGGACUGUGUCAAGCAGCUUCUGCAGUACAACGCAGAGAUCGAUGAUAUCACACUGGACCACCUUACCCCUCUGCAUGUGGCAGCGCACUGCGGCCACCACCGCAUGGCCAAAGUGCUGCUGGACAAAGCGGCAAAACCCAACUCUCGGGCAUUGAAUGGCUUUACUCCUUUGCAUAUUGCUUGUAAAAAGAACCACAUGCGUGUGAUGGAUCUCCUGCUUAAACACUCUGCAUCAAUAGAGGCUGUGACUGAGUCUGGCCUGACCCCCUUGCAUGUGGCAUCAUUUAUGGGUCAUCUCAAUGUUGUGAAGGUCCUGCUGCAGAAAGGAGCUUCCCCCAGUGCCUCCAAUGUGAAAGUGGAGACUCCUCUUCAUAUGGCAUCUCGGGCAGGACACUAUGAGGUGGCAGAGUUUUUAUUAGAGAACGCAUCACCGGUGGACUCCAAGGCCAAGGAUGACCAAACACCUCUGCAUUGUGCCUCUCGGAUGGGGCACAAGGAGCUAGUGAAGCUGCUACUGGAGCACAAAGCCAACCCCAACUCCACCACCACAGCAGGCCACACACCCUUACACAUAGCUUCCAGGGAAGGUCACGUACAAACUGUACGCAUCCUGCUGGACAUGGAGGCUCAGCAGACCAAGAUGACCAAGAAAGGCUUCACUCCGCUUCAUGUGGCCUCCAAGUACGGCAAGGUGGAUGUAGCAGAGCUGUUGUUGGAGAAAGGAGCCAACCCUAAUGCUGCUGGGAAGAAUGGUCUGACUCCGCUGCAUGUUGCUGUACAUCACAACAACCUGGAUGUUGUUAACUUGCUUGUCAGCAAGGGAGGGUCGCCACAUAGUGCAGCCAGGAAUGGCUACACCGCCCUCCACAUAGCAUCCAAGCAGAACCAGGUGGAGGUGGCUAACAGCCUGCUGCAGUACGGAGCUUCAGCCAAUGCUGAGUCACUGCAGGGAGUCACACCUCUCCACCUGGCCUCACAGGAAGGAAGGCCUGACAUGGUCUCCCUUCUCAUCUCCAAACAGGCCAACGUCAACCUCGGAAACAAGAGUGGAUUAACACCCCUCCACCUGGUGGCACAGGAAGGACAUGUUGGCAUCGCAGAUAUCUUGGUGAAGCAAGGGGCUUCAGUCUACGCUGCCACGCGGAUGGGUUACACCCCUCUCCAUGUAGCGUGUCACUAUGGCAACAUCAAGAUGGUGAAAUUCCUCCUGCAGCAACAGGCCAAUGUCAACAGCAAAACAAGGGUUGGUUACACUCCUCUGCACCAGGGGGCCCAGCAGGGACACACAGACAUUGUGACACUGUUGCUGAAACAUGGAGCUCAGCCCAACGAGACAACAACAAAUGGUACUUCAGCCCUGGCCAUUGCUAAGAGGUUGGGCUACAUCUCUGUGAUUGACGUCCUAAAGCUCGUCACUGAGGAGACGGUUUCCAUGACGACCACAGAGAAACAUCGCAUGAGUUUCCCAGAAACAGUGGAUGAGAUACUGGACGUGUCUGAGGAUGAAGGAAUUGCACAGCUAACAUUAGGAGAGGAGCUCUUGGGGACAGAAGGGGCCAGGUACAUGAAGAUGGAUGACAUGAAAGACCAUGAUGACGAUUUCCUCUCCCCCAAGAAAUCACUGGAGUACGAGAGAGGGCUGGGCACAGCAGAUUACUCGCCAGCCAUUCCCAGGAUUCCCAGAGUCUCUCCGGAAACCGUUAUCCUGAAAGAACACGAGCUAGAUCAGCAACACACUCCACUUCCACUGCCCAAAGAAUAUGAUGAUGACUCACUGAUUCCCAGCAGCCCAGCGACGGAGACGUCAGACAAUGUCAGCCCGGUCGCCAGUCCCAUACACACAGGGUUCCUGGUCAGUUUUAUGGUAGAUGCUCGGGGCGGCUCAAUGCGAGGCAGCAGGCAUAACGGUCUGCGUGUCAUCAUACCUCCGCGAACCUGUGCGGCACCCACCCGCAUCACCUGUCGCCUGGUGAAGCCACAGAAGCUGACCAGCCCUCCUCCGCUGGUGGAGGGAGAGGGCCUGGCCAGCAGGAUCAUCUCCCUGGGGCCAGCCGGGAUGCAGUUCCUGGGACCGGUGAUAGUGGAGAUCCCCCACUUUGCUGCUCUGGGUCGUGGUGACAGGGAGCUCGUGGUGCUGAGGAGCGAGAAUGGCUCAGUCUGGAAAGAACAUCGCAAUCGCUACGGCGACGAGGUGCUAGAAACAAUCCUCAAUGGGAUGGAUGAAGAAUUAGAAAGUCAAGAAGAGCUCGGGAAGAAGCGAAUCCGUCGCAUCAUCUCCACCGACUUCCCCCUUUACUUUGCUGUUGUGUCACGAGUCCAGCAAGAGAGCGACCUGAUUGGACCAGAAGGAGGUUCGCUGACAAGUAACCUGGUGCCAUUGGUCCAGGCCACGUUUCCUGAGACGGCAGUCACCAAACGAGUCCGCCUGGGGCUGCAGGCUCAGCCGGUUCCAGAUGAGCUGGUUGCAAAGCUGCUGGGUAACCAGGCAAACUUUAGCCCUGUGGUCACUGUGGAGCCUCGGCGGCGCAAGUUUCACCGACCCAUCGGACUGCGUAUACCCCUGCCCCCGUCCUGGAGGGACAGCCCCCGAGACUCUGGGGAGGGCGACACCACCAGUCUGCGUCUGCUUUGCUCUGUCAUAGGUGGCACAGCCCCAGCCCAAUGGGAAGACAUUACUGGCACCACCAAGCUUAUGUAUGCUAAAGACUGUGCCAGUUUUACAACCAAUGUUUCAGCACGAUUCUGGCUCGCAGACUGUCCUCGGACAGCUGAGGCCGUCUCCUUUGCCAACCUGCUCUACAGAGAACUGUCAGCUGUACCAUACAUGGCCAAGUUUGUGGUGUUUGCAAAGAUGAAUGAGCUGCGGGAGGGCCGCCUGCGCUGCUACUGCAUGACCGACGAUAAGAUGGAUAAAACCCUGGAACAACACGAGAACUUCACAGAGGUGGCUCGCAGCAGAGACAUAGAGGUGAUGGAGGGAAUGCCGCUUCACCUGGAGUGUUCAGGGAAUCUGGUGCCUGUGAGGAAGGCCACCCAGCAGCCUCGCUGCUUCAGCUUCCAGGCGUUCAGAGAUAACCGGCUUCCUGUCUCUGUUAAGGUGAGAGACAGCAGUAAAGAGCACACUGGAUUUCUGUCUUUCCUGCGCAAGUCCACAAAGUAUGAGGACAGUCAACAUGUGCUCUGUAACCUCAACAUUACCAUGCCUCCUUGUAUCAAGAUUGUUGGGAGUGAAGACCGGAGGCGAACUCUGACCCCGCUGGCUUUAAGAGAAAGAUACAGCGCCCUAAAUGAACCUGCUAUGGCAUCAAUGAGCGCCAUGGAGAGGACAGAGCUGAAGAUGGCUGUGAUUGCCGAACAGUUGGGACUGAGCUGGGCUGAGUUGGCACGCGAGCUUCAGCUCAGCGUGGAUGACAUCAAUAAGAUCCGUGUGGAGAAUCCUAACUCGCUGCUGGAGCAGAGCUCUGCGCUGCUCAACCUGUGGGCCACCCGCGAGGGCAAGAGGGCCAAGAUGGAAAGCUUGUACGCAGCUCUGAAGAGUAUUGACCGUAUGGACAUAGUCAACAUGUUGGAGGGCCAGCCGCCUCAGCCUGCGAGACAAGGCUCCCGCGAUUUCAGCAGACGUCGAAACAAUGAGAGAGACAACCUCUCCCCUGGUAUGACCAAUGGUUAUGGGCUCGCGCAGGACGAGCUUCUCUCACCGGCCUCCAUGCAGUACAGCCUGCCCUCCCCGCUGGGCGCUGAGCCUUACUGGCAAGAAGUCUCCAGUCUGGACUGUGCUCCCAUUGCCACCACAGAAGAAGACACCCUCAUGGAGAUGUCUGAUGUGCAGGUGUGGCCCUCAGGCAACAGCCCGUCCCUGGUGCCUGUGGAGGACUCUUCGCUGGAGUGCAGCAAUGCUGACGAUUCAGAAGGUCUGCUGGGGCUGCCGUAUGGAAGCCUGGGUCGGCCGGCUAGUCAGGCCAGCGUACCCAGCGGAGGGGGUGGGGUGCUGAGUGGCUCCAUUGAGCUGCCCGAGGACGAUUCAGAGAUGGGCGUUGACUCACUCAGCACAGCCACGCCAGCCUCGCUUGGGGGCACCAUCGCUGGGAUCAAUCUUAACGGGCUGAACAAUGGUCAGGGGUCAGAGGCAAGUUCGGAGGUAUCAGCAGUUACCAGUACGACUGGUGGAGGUGGAGGUGGAGCUGGAGGAGGAGGAGGAGGAGGAGGAGAAGCAGGGACGGGCUCAGAGGAAGGGCUUUCUCUUGUUGCAGGACAGCAAAGGGUGUAUGCUCGGCUGAGUGAGUCACCUGGUCUGAGCUGUGUUGCAGACCGAAAUGGAGACAGGUCAGGUAAUGGUGGAAACGGAGGCAGUGGAGGCUCUUUCCUUUCCUACCUGCAGGAACAGUCAGGCCCGGGGUGGAUCCCUGUCACGGACCCUACACAGGCCUGGGUGGGCAGUCAGCCUAAGCCCAGGCAGGCCAUGGACACCAUGAUAUCAUCAGUAUGUAACGCCGUAGAUGGCGACCAGUCCCACAUAUCCCAGGAGGCCUUGCUUCAGCCUGUGAGGGACAUGGGGCACUCAGAGAUCUUACGGGGGCACUUCAGGGGUACCCAGCCAUUUGAGAAGGGUUUGGGCUUCCCACACAGAGUACCAGAGCUGAGGGCCUGGGACGAUGUGCGCCUGAAGGGCCAGGGUGAUGAGGUUGAAGAUCUUCCUGGGGAUCAUGUAAGCGAGGAACAGUUCACGGACGAACAUGGAAACAUUGUUACAAAAAAGAUUGUGCGUAAGGUUGUGCGCAGAGGGAAGGGUUCAGGUGAGGAGGGAGUUCAGGAGUUGAGCCUGGAGGGUUCUCUGCAGGACGCCAACGAGCUGGAGGUUGAUGCUGAGCAGUUCAUGAGCUACGCCAUCCUGGGCCGGGACAGCAGCAAGCCCGAUACUGUGGAUGUGAAGAAAGGUGCUCAGAUAGUGAAAUGUGCCAGUCUGCGGAGAGUUAAGCAGUGAGGCAGAGUGAGUGCUGCGUCCCCGCAGAGCUCUCCACAGGAUUCAACCCCUUCACCAAAACCAUCCUACAUGGACACAUGACCAGCAGCAGCUGACAGGAGGAAGAACACAAGGCAAACAGACCAUGACAACCAUAAAUGGUUGCCGACUAUCAGCACGCACCGGAAAGAAGGAUAUGGAUUUACUUGUAGUUUUUAUUACCUUCUUUUUUUCUUUUUUUUUUUAAAGAAACCGUGGAAAAAAAACAUGUACUAUUAGGCUAGAAGCAUGAUUUCGUAUAAAACAAAAAACCCCAAAAGAAACAAAAAAAAACUAGCAACCAAAACGUGCUUCCUGUAAUCUGUAUCAGCAUGAGUGACUGCUGCCGCAUGGCCUGUCUUUAACUACAAAUACUGAGGGAAUAUAAAGGGUGGGUAAAAGGGUGGGAGGGAUGGGGAGGACACACUGCUGUAUGGGACAGUGAUGCAAUGUAGGGUAUGGUCAUUACUGGCCCGUUUUCUAAACCAACGGGGAAAAGUCUAUGAGUCAAACUUAAGAAAGGGGGAGACUAAAAUACUGAGAAUUACAUAAUCUCUAGGCAACAGGUUACUCCUCCCUGCCACUCUCUUCCAGCUAGGAGCAUCACAAACUAGUUUAAACCUGUCCCAGUGCUCUCAAAGUCCAGUCAAGCUACAAUUAUCACCCAAGGAUAUCAGUAUUGUACAUAAUAUCGUAUGCACUAAAAUGCUCUACGUGACUGUGUUACGUGUGUUAUUUAUGUUAUAAGAUCCCUAUGCGAUGUCACUAUUGCUGCUGUUUCAGGUACAUAAGAAAUUUCUCCCUGUUUUUCUCGUUUGGUUCGUUCGGUCUGAACCUAUAUAUUAUUCUAUAUAUCUUGAGAUCUUUGUGUGUACAAGAACAUGCAAAUGUGUCGCUCUGCUUGUUUUUAAAUGUCGGAUUUUUGUGCGUCAGGUUGUUUGUUUCUUUGUGCUUUUCAUGUGCUUUCACCCCUUGCUUUUGACAUGUCAAACUGUAGAGGGCAGACAUACUGUAAGUCGUUUACUGUACUGUGGGUUUUUGAGCUUUGGGAGGCUGGUUUCUGCAGUGAACAUGCCUCCCUGCCUUUCCCUCAGAGUGGUUUGUCUUGUGGAGAGGGUGACAAAGAGAUAUGAUGAGUGAUAGAUUAACCUACUCUACCAUCCCAAUCCUCUGCCUUUUCUUGUCCCCAGUGUGCUGUAUAUCCUCGUGAGGUUUCUGUUAAUCAGAUGUCUGUCUGAGCCAAAAUCCCAAUACCCUCAAUCUUCCCUUAUUACCCUACCUCUUACCUCUCACCCCUGCAGUCAGCCUCUCAGAGUAGAUGUAGCAGUCCUGUUCACCUCCAACAAGGGGCAGGAUCCCACUUCAGCUCGUAGCAGUAUCUGUUUGACCUCAUUGUGCAGUAUAUGACACUACCACACAUAAGGUGCACUUAUAGACCAUCUCACCACCACCAUCCCCAGAAGAUGUCACUUGAUGAGAGUAAAGUAGCUGACAUACUGGUUAUAAUGUAGCACUGGUUUGACUGGGUAAAAGAUGAAGAGUAAGCUGGAGAAAGGAAAGUGUCGCGUCGAGGGCCGAGGACGUGUUGAGCUUUGAUGUUUGUCGCCUUGGCAAUUGUUUGGAGUUUAGCAAAGACAGUCAGUCACCAAUCACUGUGAUGAGAAACUGUAAUACUGACCCGCAACUGUGAGCCUGACCCUUCCCGAAGCAUGUCUCUCGUUUGACUCCUUUCUUUAGUGUUCUGUCUUUUUUUUGUCAUGAUUUACUGUCUUAACUGUACUGCAAAAUAAGCAAUAACUGCUUACAAAAGGAAAGGAUUGUUUGUGUGAGUGUGUUUGAGUGUAUUUUUGUGAUAGAGAGGAUUUUAGGGUCAUAGUUUGUGUUCUUCCUAAACUCUGGCUUUCAAUCUGUUAAUCACAGCUUUAGGCUACUCCUCACUCCACUCAGAAAUGAUGUCAGUACAUUAGUAUCCCACGUUUCAUCACUUUGCCUCUCUAGAAGAAAAACUAUUAAGUUUUACACAAAAAUUGGGCAAAUAUUGGUAUGACCAGCCAUCCCAUCUGCAAAGUGCCCAGUGUUUUUUUUUUGUGUUACUCAUCAGGGAAUGUAGGUUGUUUAUUCAUAGCUUUUAAACCUUCAUUCAUAUGCACCUUGAAAGAAAUCCUAUUGUGUGUGUGUGUGUGUGUGUGUGUGUGUGUGUGUGUGUGUGUGUGUGUGUGUGUGUGUGUGUGUGUGUGUGUGUGUGUGUGUGUGUGUGUGUGUGUGUGUGUGUGUGUGUGUGUGUGUGUGUGUGUGUGAUUUUAAUAUCACAUAUUCAGUCCUGGAUAUUGGAACAUGUCAAAGUUGUGAUAAUAUUGCAAAUGGGCAAAGACCAGAGGCUCUCAGAUUAAAACUAAGUCACAUAUUUUUUUAAAAGUUGAUUUACCUCAAUAAGCGUGCCAUCUUACAUGAUAUCAAUUACAUACAUGCAUUUAUUUCAAACAUUACAUUAGACAUUGAAUGCUUUAUUAUGUCGCAAAAACGUUGCAAUAAUCACCAAUCAAAAUGUGUUUGUUUUAGGACGGCUUCACAGCCAGAGAUGAUGAAUGUAAAGUCUUGUUAUAAAGUAGUCACCUGUAUGGGCUCUGUACUUUAGUAGAUGAUAGGGUAUUCACUCUGUUGUUUCAACUCAGUAUCUGCUGUUGAUCAUCAACAUUCAUUACAAACAUACAUAUAAUUCAUUGAAGAGGAGAGAUUUAAAGAGAAGCCUCAAAUAGGUUGUGGACGUUUUAACAACUCUUUAUCAGAUAUUAUUUCUAUUUUAUUAUCUUUUCUAAUAACUUCAAAAAAUUAGAUGUCAAUAAAGAUUACACAGCAGUGUAAUAAUGUAUGACCCCUUAUGUCAUAGCAUACGAUUUGCUCUAUAAGGGCUCAUAUUAUGGUAUGCUUGGCUUGGUUUCUGAAGCAGGGUCUGUUUAUAAAUUCACUGCUGAUGUCAGGGUUGGAGCGAGGGGAGGGGGUCUAAUGAAAAGACAAGAAGAAGAUUUUGAAGUUAGAUGGCUUAGUAAUUCCGACGGCUAGUCAAGAUGACAAGCAUUUUUCCUCAACACAACCCACCCCUAAUCUAUUUCUGCCCUCUUAACCAAAUAUAAGACUAAGCCGAUUCUAUAAGGCUUCCACAUGGUCACAGUUUGAACGCAGUUUGAAAGGAGUCCACCUAAGUGCAAGCAGAGGGAGGAGUAGGUACAUCACAGAAAUUAACAAUGGAAAGCCCUGCACUGAGGGACCACUGAGAUGAUGCCAUGCACAAAGUUCAUGCAAAAAUAUUAACUGUUGCAAAAACUAGAGAACACAUGUAUAUUCCUUUAGAAUGGAUUGAAGACAUUAACGCAAUAGCAUAUUACUCAAUACUAAGGAAUGCAACUGCGCACAUGCACAGAAAAUGUUUUUAACAUAAAAGGCUAUAUAUAUGAAAUAUAUGAAAAUAUAUAUAUAUUUACUUAGAAUGCUAUGCACCCUUACUUGUCAACUGGGAUUCUAGUUAUGUUAUGGAUGUACUUUUAGCAUCAUACAGCUGUAGCUACCAAGAGACUGUUGAGUUCUGGGUAAUGCCUGCAACCUGGGGAUAAAAUAGGGUUCUUGUGGGUAUUUUAACCUGUUUUGUUUGCUUUUUUUUAUUGUUAUGGAGAGUAAAACAUGAAUUUAAAAUAUACAUGUAAAAGCCUUUUAAUCCAAUCAAAUCCGAGGACAUCUAUUGACAAAUUACUCUGUACACCAGCUCAACAUUUACAAAAUUAAUAAAGAAAUGAAAUGUC